AUGCCUUCCCUCCGCCUGGACCCGGGGCCCCAGGGGCACCCCACGCCCAGGGAUGCCCGCGGCACCCACUCCUCCGGCCAGAGCUUCGAGCAGCUGCGGCGGGAGUGCCUGCAGAAGGGGGUCCUGUUUGAGGACCCCGACUUCCCGGCCACCAGCGCCUCCCUUUUCUACAGCGAGAGGCCCCCGAUCGCCUUUGUGUGGAAGCGGCCGGAGGAGAUAGUGGAGAACCCAGAGUUCAUCCUCGGAGGGGCCACCAGGACGGACAUCUGCCAGGGGGAGCUCGGCGACUGCUGGCUGCUGGCGGCCAUCGCCUCCCUCACGCUCAACGAGAAGGCGCUGGCGAGGGUGGUGCCCCAGGACCAGAGCUUCGGGCCCGGGUACGCCGGGAUUUUCCACUUCCAGUUCUGGCAGCACAGCGAGUGGCUGGACGUGGUGGUGGACGACCGGCUGCCCACCUUCCGGGACCGGCUGGUCUUCCUGCACUCGGCCGACCACAACGAGUUCUGGAGCGCCCUGCUGGAGAAGGCCUAUGCCAAGCUGAACGGGAGCUACGAGGCGCUGAAGGGGGGCAGCGCCAUCGAGGCCAUGGAGGACUUCACGGGGGGCGUGGCGGAGGCCUUCGCCACCAAGGAGGCGCCCGCCAACUUCCACGAGAUCCUGGGGAAGGCGCUGCAGAGGGGCUCGCUGGUGGGCUGCUCCAUCGACAUAAAAAAUUCUGCGGAAUCAGAAGCCCGGACGCCCUUUGGUCUCAUUAAGGGUCAUGCCUACACCGUGACGGCAGUCGACCAGGUCCGCUUCCGAGGCCGGGACACCGAGCUCAUCCGGGUCCGCAACCCGUGGGGGCAGGUGGAGUGGAACGGCGCCUGGAGCGACAACUCCCCCGAGUGGCAGGCCGUGGGCCCCACCGAGCAGCAGCGCCUGAGCCACGCCGCCCUGGACGACGGGGAGUUCUGGAUGGCGCUCGGUGACUUCCGGGCCCACUUCGACAAGGUGGAGAUCUGCAACCUCACGCCGGACGCCCUGGAGGAGGGCGCGCCGCACAAGUGGGAGGUGACGGUGCACCAGGGCAGCUGGGUGCGGGGCUCCACGGCCGGGGGCUGCCGCAACUUCCUGGACACCUUCUGGACCAACCCGCAGAUCAGGCUGUCCCUGGCGGAGCGGGACGAGGGGCAGGAGGCGUGCACGCUGCUCGUGGCGCUGAUGCAGAAGGACCGCCGGAGGCUCAGGCGCGUCGGCGCCGACAUGCUGACCAUCGGCUACGCCAUCUACCGGUGCCCCGGGAAGGAGGGCCACCUGGACAAGGACUUCUUCCGGUUCCACGCCUCCCAGGCCCGCAGCAAGUCCUUCAUCAACCUGAGGGAGGUCUCCGACCGGUUCCGGCUGCCCCCCGGGGACUACAUCCUCGUCCCCAGCACCUUUGAGCCCCACCAGGAGGCCGACUUCUGCCUGAGGAUCUUCUCAGACAAGAAAACCACCAGCCGGGACCUGGACGGACACGUGGCCAUUGACCUACCCGAGCCCCCGAAGCCGACACCGCGGGACCAGGAGACGGAGGAGCAGCAGCAGUUCAGGGCCCUGUUUGCACGCGUGGCCGGGGAGGACAUGGAGGUGACCCCAGAGGAGCUGCAGCAUGUCUUAAACGCCGUGCUGAGCAAGAAAAAGGGCAUCCGAUUCGAGAGGCUGAGCCUGAUCUGCUGUAAGAACAUCGUUUCUCUGAUGGACACCAGUGGCAACGGGAAACUGGAGUUCGAUGAAUUCAAGGUGUUCUGGGAAAAGCUGAAGGCCUGGACGAACCUUUUCCUUCAGUUCGAUGCUGACAAGUCCGGCACCAUGUCCUCCUAUGAGCUGCGGACCGCGCUGAGAGCCGCAGGCUUCCAGCUGAGCGGCCGCCUCCUGCAGCUGGUGGUGCUGCGGUACUCGGACCCGGACCUGCAGCUCGGCUUCGACGACUUCCUCACCUGCCUGGUGCGUCUGGAGAACGCCAGCCGUGUGUUCCAGGCUCUCAGCACCGAGAACAAGGAGUUCCUUCAUCUCAACAUCAACGAGUUCCUCUACCUGACAAUGAACAUCUGA